AUGAGCUUUGUACCUGUCAACCCGCGACCGAUGCUGCAGGAGCUCGUCGACAAGACGGUGUCGGUGCGGCUCAAGUGGGGAGAGACCGAGUACAAGGGAAAGCUGGUGUCGCUGGACGCGUACAUGAACCUGCAGCUGGCCAACACGCAAGAGUACAUUGCGGACAAGUUUACGGCAGACCUGGGGCAGGUUCUGAUUAGAUGCAACAAUGUGCUAUGGAUCCGCGGUGCCGAUGAUGGAGAUACCAAGAUGGAGGAUUAA